AUUAUUACUUCCCCAUUCAUUCUCUUGCUUUCCUUCCCCACACAACAAUUAAUUCUUUCAAAAACCCUCUUCUCUUCAUUCUCACUCAAACAUGGAUCUCUCAUCUAACAACCAUGAAUCCAACACCUCCACAACCAAAACCACACCGAGCUGCCUGCCGCUUCUUGAAUCUCCGGCCAAAAUCAACAUGGAUUCUAAGCCUGAUCACGAGAAUCCACUCGGAGCACAAUAUCAGUCGUCUCCACGUAGCUCAUUUUCAUCUCCUGGUCCUGGACAAUAUCUUGUUGAUAGCAAAGACAAGGAGAAGGAUGGAGGGAGAGAGCGAUUGAAGAGGCAUCGAGAAGAGGUGGCCGAAAAGGUGAUGAUACCGGAUAAAUGGAGUCAGGAGAAUUUUCUAAUGGAUUGGAUUGAUUAUUCUUCGUUUGAUAAGAUUUUAGCUCCUAAUGGAAUUGCAUCAGCUCGUGAAGCUCUAAUGGCUGAUGGACGACGUAGAGCUCAAAGACUUAGGAUAGAAAGUAGGUGUUGAAUUUAAUUUCAGUAUUAUAAUGAGGACAAUAUCGUCUUCUUGCCUUUGUAAAGUAUGCAUGAAAUCUUGAAUUUUCACUUUUUGUUCAUGAAAUUGUCCUGAUCUUCCGCAAAGAAAAAGAAAAAAUCGAAGGAAGCUUAGGCUGAAGUUCAGUUUGGGAUUAAUUGAUAAGCUAAAACAUUAAUUAAAAAAAAAAAAAAGAGAAAAA